AUGGAGGAAGCAAACCUACCCGAAGAGAUGAUAGUGCUCAUCCUCACCUGGCUUCCCGUGAAAUCCUUACUUCGAUUCACCUGCGUUUCUAAACGCUUCCAUUCCAUCAUUCUCUCCGACCCCAAAUUCGCAAAAUCCCAAUUCGAAGCAGCUCGUGACCGCAAAACCCUGGAUCACACACUUAUCUACUCCGUAAAAGGCCCUCGAUUCGGAUCCCUGGACCUGGGGACGCCGUCGUUUGGAGAUCCUUCCUCAGCUAGAAACCUCAAUUUGCCUUUCCAGUCACCCGCCCCUGCUGUGGCGCUACUGGGCUCCUGCAACGGUAUUGUAUUCCUCGCCUUUGAUGAGAAGAUAGUUUAUGUGUGGAACCCUUCAACUGGUUUCUUCAAGAAAUUACCUCACCCUGUUUUUUCCCCAAUUGAAAAUGGGUUCCUCAUUUAUGGCGUUGGCUAUUUGCCAGCCACCGAUGACUACAGAGUUCUCGUAGUAUCCGUUGAUUGUAUUGAUGACAAGGACGGGGCCGCCGUUUACUCAUCCCGAGCUCACGCCUGGAAAACACUUGAGGUCGCUGCCUUCUCUUCUUUCUCUUUUGAGGGGACUCUUUUGAAAGAGGCGCUUCAUUGGCUCAGUAUUCGGAAUGAAAUCUUUGCUUUCGAUUUGACACAGCAAGAGGAAUACAAGUUCAGGAAAAUGUUGCCGCCACUGUGUGUUGGUGAUGACAAUGGCCAAAAUCAUGGCCAUCUUGGAGUUUCUGCUGGAGGAUGCCUGUCUCUUGCUUGUUGUUCCACGGAUGCGGCCGACUGCAUUCAUGUAUGGGUCAUGAGAGAAUAUGAUGUGCGUGACUCAUGGACAAAGCUCUUUAACUUGAAGUUUGAUCCCCCAAAGGAGCCGUGGGAUUACAUUCAUGGAGCUGUUUUGGUUGUGGAAACUGGUAUGGUUGCCGGGAUAAUUGUUCACAACAACUACUAUCGUGGGUUGGUAAAGAUUCUUCACAAUGAAGACAAGUGUAGUUUGUAUAAGGUUGAGGACAUUUGGCUUGACUGUAUUCAAUAUCAAGAGAGUCUACUUCGGAUAGAUGAUUAG